GGGAAACUGAGGUUGGUGAACACAGGAAACUUAUCUGGGUCAGCUCCGCACCAUGGGAGGCUGGCGCGCACUUCUCUUUUAUGCAGCAUGCUUUGCUGGACUCUUUCGUGGCUUAUGUCACACGCACACAGAGGAAUAUAAAACUAAAUAUUUAACUUAUAUCACAUCGGCAGAGGACAGCAAUCAAAAGCAGCUGAUCAAUGACUUGCAUCAGGUUUUGGAAAGACUUCAGAAUGGUCAUUUUCCAGCUUUGAGAAAAAAGCAUGGAUACCUGCCUGUUUGUGAUCCAGGGGAGCAGUGUGCUUUGAGGAAAGGCUCCCGGAUUGGAAAACUGUGCGACUGCUUUCUGCCGAGGACGUGCAACUCUUUUCUACACCGCUGUUUAUAACACUUUUAGGGUUCACCUGGAUAAGCUGUGAAAAAAACCUUACAAUCAUUUCACGUGUGUCAUGGCAAAGCUGUAAUUUUUUUCCUACUGAUCCAAAUCUACUGAAUGCCACCCCUGCUUUGUGUGUCGGUGCAUUUGUGUAUGUGUCCUCUGACCUGUACAUUCGGUGCUCGUUUGGU